AAAAACAACACUUAGAAAAAUCUUGUAAGAACCCUUGAGGUAAUAGAAAGAGGAAACAAUGCAUUAUAAAGAUCCAUUACAUAAGGAGUGAGUGUGCUUAGUAAUGUGUGCAUUGGGCUACGGUGUUGAUAAAAUCUUCAAACACUGCUGAAGGCUGCAUGUGGUCUCGCAGCUCCGGCUGAGAGCUGUGGAGGUGCACGCUUUCAAAGUUUCACUGGGGGAAUUGAGACAACGGGAGACCGCAGCGGCACGUCGCCCCGGCGGGAGACAGGAGCGCAACAUCCGAGGAGGAAGAGAGACGGAUCGGAGGAAGACAGAAGGACCGCGUCUCACUCAGGGGAGUGUCCGAAAAGAACAAAGAGAGAGAGAGGAGGAAACAUGACAGAGCGGGUCCUGGGUUAACAGAUGGGAACUAAAAGGAGGUGGAUGUAACGCGGAGCUCGCUGGAAGGAAGGGAGGAAAGGAGGAGAGGAAGAGGGACUCCCGGGCCGGCGGCUGCAGCCCACCUCCCCUCAGCCAUGCCGCCCGUAUUCCGCUCUCUGCUGUUCGGCUUCCUAACGCUGCUGGUUGUGCUUUUUAUAAUUGAUGAUAUUGCAGAAGUGGAAAAAGAAAGCGCAAAUAUUGGGCUGACGAAGAAAACCAACGUUCACCAGCUCAUUCCAAAACCUCACAGAAAGGCGGCAGCACGCACACAACCAACUGCGACAACAACAAUCGGCAAAUAUCCUUAUCCUCCAACCUGUAACGGCACCACCAAACACUCAUCAAACAGUUGGGCCUUUAACAAGACACUCUCCAACCUCAUCAGAAAGAAUAUUCUCAGAUUCCUCGAUCCAGAGAGAGACAUCUCAAUUCUAAAGGGCACGCUGAAGCCAGGAGACAUCAUCCACUAUGUGUUUGAUCGUCAAAGCACCACAAACAUCUCGGAGAAUCUCUAUCGUCUGUUGCCAACCGCAUCGCCGAUGAAAAACCAGUACCACAGGCGCUGCGCCAUCGUGGGGAACUCUGGGAUCCUGCUGAACAGCAGCUGCGGACCAGAAAUCGACUCUCAUGAUUUUGUUAUCAGGUGCAACCUGGCCCCUGUGGAGGAGUAUUCUCAGGACGUGGGCCGGCGGACUAACCUGGUGACCAUGAACCCCUCGGUGGUACAGCGGGCCUUCCAGGACCUGGUCAGUGACGAGUGGAAGGAUCGCUUCCUGCGGCGCCUGCAGAACCUCAGCGGCAGCGUGCUGUGGAUCCCGGCCUUCAUGGCGAAGGGCGGGGAGGAGCGUGUGGAGUGGGCCCUCCGCCUCAUCCUGGUGCACACAGUGGACGUGCGCACGGCGUUCCCGUCGCUGCGUCUGCUCCACGCUGUCCGAGGGUACUGGCUCACCAACAACGUUCACAUCAAACGUCCCACCACUGGCCUCCUCAUGUACACCAUGGCCACUCGCUUCUGUGAGGAGAUACACCUCUACGGCUUCUGGCCAUUUCCUCUCGGCCCACAGGGCCGGCCAGUGAAGUACCACUACUAUGAUACUCUAAAGUAUGAGUACACAUCCAGCUCCAGUCCUCACACCAUGCCCCUGGAGUUCAGGACCUUGAGCACUUUGCACAGACAGGGGGCGCUCCGGCUCCACACGGGAAGCUGUGAUCUGGACCGAGGAGCACAGAAAGAUCUCAGCUGAAGCCAUGAUUCUGACUCCGCAAAACAUUAUUGCUUUUCGGGUAAAAAAAAGCAAAAAAAAAUUUCUGAUCAAAAUUGAAGGACAAAUUGAAUGGGAACACUGUCAAUUACAGCCUUUCGUAUUGACUCAUUAAGCGUAUUUUACCUUUAAUGAGAUUUCUAUGGCAACCGAUAUCUCUUGGGGGUUUACCUGUGAGCUUCCACAAAUGCAGCAAAUGGUUUGUGUUUUAUGUCUGGGGCUACAGGUGUAGAGAAGACACUAAAAUGGGCUAUUUUUCUGCUGUUUUAAAGAAAAAAUGACUCUAACUGCAUUUUAAAGUGAACUAUUUAUAUUGUAACACAGCAGGUACCUGUACACACAGGAAAAAUCUGUCACUUGUUCCCUGCGAUUCUGAAUUUAUACAAUACUGUUUGUAAAGCAGACAUUGUUUUUUUUUUAAUGAAAGCAGAGGGAUGAUAGAAUGUCUAAGAGGUCAUUUUAAUACCAAGUAGUUCAUAAUCUGAUGGACUCCAUUAAAUCAGUGAUCUUAACUCUGACAUGUCCGCCGCAUGAUGAGCGGCUGCUUGGUGGCUCUUGCGAUGUCUCGUUGGGCCACAAGAUGGAAGCACUGAAUAAUCAGGGACAAGAAUGUACAAAGUUCUAAUCUGAGCUGCUUUGUUUCUAUCAUUCUUAAAGAACUUUUCUAACUUCACAUAAAGCACCUUAAAUUCCAGUGAUCCCCAGUGAACUGGAGCCAACAUUUGAUGAGGUUGCCUUGAGAACCAAAUGACUGGAUGGAAGCAUGCGGUGCUGUGUGUACCUCCCGUGAGGAUAAAGUAGCAGUGCGCCAGCUGUUCACAUGCAAAUGUUUGCUCAGCCAACACUAAACUCAUUUUGCAGAGUUUCCUCGAAGUUUCUGCACUGGACACGUGAGAUAUGCAAGUACAGGAAGUUGUUUGCUGUUAGGAAGGCGAGCUUAGCAUUUUAAAAAACAUGAAUGUAUCAGUGACUUUCUUACAGUAAGUGAACCAUAAGAAUGUGCUUUAAAUUUAUCUGUAACUGAAGAUGUUCGGUGCAAUAACCCUCAAACAAGGUAGAGCAUUAAAUGGACGUGACUUUUUCUUGUAUAGGAACUUUUGAUUAAUAUUAAACCAGUAUUUAUAGAGAAUGAUAGAUUUAUUAGCAUAUUUAAUUGUAGCUGACACUGUUCUGUGCCUAUAAUCAAAAAAUGCCAAUGUAUUAAAAGGACCACCAACCUACAUGUUUGUAAAUACAAAGUUUCAGGAUUCAUGACAAAAAUUGUCCUACAUACAGCUUUGGCCAGAACUAACAGAAAGUUAGUUUGAAUGUGAGAUUAUUAUUAUUAUUAUUUAAACAUUUUUUUCAGGGUGGAGUGAUUAUGCAUCAUCCAACUAUGAUAAAAUAUAAUUAGGUGCACAAAUUAUUUUGGUUAUGGAUUUUCUCUAAUUUAUACAAGGUCAUAAGUAUGCAUGCUGACUCAAAUAUAUGUAAAUGCACCCACUAUUAUGUCAAUAACAGCCCACCAAUCUGAAAUCCCAACAAGGUACCGAAUGACCAAAUUCCCUUAUUUUAGCCGUCAGGAAAUUUCGACAGAAGCUUAGCAAAAAUAAAAAUUUGUUUAUCCAACAAAUUCUGCAUUGUUAGAAAAACAAUUCCAAAUUGUUUGCCUAAAUCUAAUCAAUUCAAAAAUAAGUUAAAUUUUAAAUCAAUUAAUUGGCUGAAGUUGUUCCAUAAGCUUAAUUUUUAUUAAGCUGGUGAUUUUUUAUUUAUUCCAAUACCAGUGUUAAUGUGUGCUUGGACACUGUAGUAGUCGUGUACAUGGCCGUCAUGUUGAAGUUUUCACCACUUAUAGUUGGUAAUUUGAUGUUAAAUGCCCCUUAUUCUGAAUGAAGAAAAUUCACAGUAAAGUUGUGUGCAAAAAUUCUCUUUUUUUGUCCCUUAUAAAAACAAUGUUGUAUAAAUGUUUCACCCUGUAAAAAGAGCUCUUUAAAUAAAUCAUUGAUAGUCCAGAAUGAACGGAAAUCAAGACUCACUCCCCUCUGCGUCUGUCUUGAGAUUUCUGUAAAGAAGUAAACAGACUGUAUACACACAAAUACGCAAAAAAGUUCAGACUUGAGGGCUGACAUUUUCUUUACGUCACUAAGUAUUUAUUGUAAUGGCUGUACAGCGAAAAAAAAAAACAUUUUGUGGCCUGAUUAAUACUUUUGUACUUCCCCUGAUGUUACGCUUCAGCAAAAGGUUUGUAGAAGCUGUUUUUUGUAUUCCUAGUAAUCAAUUUGUGCAUUUUACUGCAACAAAAAUGCUCCCAUUAAAAAGAAUUAGUGGAAGCAUUUGAAAUAUUCCAGGACCUUCUCUGCAGCCCAACAAGAUGCCUCUCAUGCGCUCGCAGUCAUGUGAUUUUUCUCUGUAUAAAAAAAACAAAAAACUGUUUUUUAGAGAGCUUUUUGACUAGAUGCGACUGCUUGCUCGCAUGUUGGCCUUAUUACCUCG